CUUUCUUUUAUAGUAAUAUUUUUUUUUAUCCAAACAAGUUUUCUACCGAUAAAUUGUUUCGUGAUCAACUGCAUAUGUCUUUUCGCAUUUGUGUAUGGCUCUUUAUCUGUGCAGUUCGGUCCUCUUUAUCGGAGUGCUUUGGCAAUGUUUCCCACACGAACAAAAAUUUUAAGCUGAGCUUUUGUACCAUUGGAUCUGUCUUGACGGAAAACAGGCACAUCUAGACCAUUCCCCACUAGCACAAUCCGUGUGCUCCCCAACUCCACCAAUCCGCAGCUUGCCCUUGAGCCUUGUGGACAAGAUGGUCUCUUACCUUCAUCAAUCAAUCUAGAAAUACUUGUCCUUAGUUUUCACGCACAAGCAACCUUUUACUUCCACUUUUGCCAUUGCAAUGGCUUCCUCGGCCUUGACCCAAAGCAGCUCCUUUUCGUAUGACGUGUUUCUCAGCUUCCACGCUACAGACACACGCAGCAACUUCACAGACUUUCUUUUUCAAGCUCUCAUAAGAAAAGGCAUCGUUGCCUUCAAAGACGAAUCCAGAGCACCCGACCAAGCGAUUGAGGGUUCUCGCCUUUUCAUUGUGGUCCUUUCCAAGAACUAUGCUUUCUCCACUCAGUGUUUGCGUGAACUAUCACAGAUCUUCCAUUGCGUUGAAUUUUCGCCAAGACGUGUUCUGCCUAUUUUUUAUGAUGUUGAUCCAUCAGAUGUGCGAAAACAGACUGGAUGGUACGAGAAAGCCUUUUCGAAAUACGAAGAAAGAUUCUUGGUAAAUAAAAAGGGGAUGGAGACAGUGCAGACAUGGAGAAAAGCUCUGACUCAAGUGGCCAAUCUCUCUGGUUGGUAUAUCCGAAAUAAGCCUCAAUAUACAGAGAUUGAAGAAUUUGUUCAAUAUACAAUAAGUAUAUUGAGUUCUAAAUUUUCAACUCUUCAAAAUAAAGCAGAGGGAACAUUGUCAGAUAAAGAUGAAUUUUCAUACAAUGAGCUGUCAGGUGAAGCAGAGGGAACAUUGUCAGAUAAAGAUGAAUUUUCAUACAAUGAGCUGUCAGGUGAAGCGGAGGGAACAUUGUCAGAUAAAGAUGAAUUUUCAUACAAUGAGCUGUCAGGUUUGAUGAGGAUAAGAGAUUUUAUCAGCCUUGUGUUGACUUAUCCUGUGAAAUUAGUAGAGGAAGAUAUUUUAAGAUCUUGGAUUAGUGCAUUUCCUGAAUGGAAAGCUCAGUUAUUGUCCACUGGUGAUGAUACUGUUAUGGACAAACCAUGGUGUGUACUAACAAAGAAGGCACUGGGAUCUAUGAAGGGAUUUAUGCCAAUGGAAAUAAUAAGUAAAGUAGAACGUGGUAGGAGAUCCAUCUUCAGCCGCAAUGAUGUUGAGGCAAUACCAGAAGCCAUUCUCCACCAAACUGUUGACCUCGCAGUUAACCAACUAAUUCAAACUUUGUUUUGUGGGGAUUACUGUUCACGCUAUAUCAGACUGUUAACCAGAAACUUGGCUGAAAAAAGAUAUGUAGUGGACAAAAUAGUUGCAGCCGUUGAAGAUAAGCACAACAUGUUCGGAAUUGACAAAGAUUUUCUUAGAGCCCUAUGGAUCAAUGCCUCAACAUAUGAGACUGAUGCAGAGUUUCGAGUUCAAGAAGAAAUCAAUACGAUGAUGGAAGUUGAUGACAUGUGGCCGAUGGAAGUUGAUAACAUGUUGGGUACACUUUUCAUUGAAGAAAAGAUGGGAAGCAAUGGGCAGUUGGUGAUUGUAGUGGAUGCAGAUAGCAACAAGAAGCUGGACCUCCAAAAGUUGCGUUUUCCAACUGGAAUUGUGGUGUUGAUAACAACUGAGCCGUCAACACAAGCAGAGAAAGAUGGUGACUUCAGAAUUGCAUGCACAAUGGAUUUGAAUAUUUGGACCCAGGAUCAUCUAUUGCCUUGGAAAGUCUUCUGCAGCUAUGUGGGCAGUUGUAUCAGCAGUAGCAUGGUAAGUUCAUCAAUGGCCAUUCAGAAAAUUGCAGUGGAAAUAGUUAAGGAAUGCCAUGGUCAUCUUCUUGCCAUUGUCCUUUUGUCAAAGUAUCUUAUGUAUGUGCAAGAUUUUAAACAGUGGGAACUUGCACUUGACAAAUUAAGCAGUCUGAAUCCUUCCUAUGAUUAUCAAGAUAGUGACCGAAUUGGCAUUAGUAGAGUCAUGGUCAAUGCAUUCGUAAAUAUUAUCUGGGAAGACAUUGAUGAUGCACAAAAGCUUUGCCUUGAACUCAGUUUGCCUGUUCACAACAUUAAAAAUGGGGUGAGAGAUGAUAUCUUGGUGUCUGAUUGGGCCAAGAUAAUAUUAGGAUACACGCAAGAACUUGGUGAAUACAGAAGGCAAUUACAAUAUCACAUGAAGGAGCUUCUAGACCGUUUUGUCUUGUUGAAAUAUGAAAGUGGAGAUGUCUAUUUGCCAAUAGAAACCUAUGAUAUAAUAAAAUCAUUGCACACCUCAAAGCCUUCCAUCCUAAGGCAUGGUGCAUUAGGAUUGACGGAGCCACCCUACAUUGGACGAUGGCAUAGUCUUAUUCGGAUAGAAUUGAUGGACAAUAAAAUAUGUGAAUUACCACAAUCACCAGAUUGCCCUAAACUCAAAGUGUUGUUGUUGCAGGGCAAUGUUGAUUUGAUGGAUAUCCCUGACUCAUUUUUCAACCACAUGCCCCUGCUUCAACACUUGGACUUAUCCUACACUAGUAUAAGGGAUUUACCCCCUUCUGUCUCUAAAUUAAUACAACUUCAGAAAUUUUAUCUUAGAGGCUGUGAUCUCUUCAUGGAACUACCACAUCAGAUUGGACAGCUAAAGAAUCUCAAAGAGCUUGAUCUUGAUGGGACUUUGAUCACCCAUCUGCCAAUAGAGAUCCGAGAAUUGAUCAACCUGCAAAUCUUAAGCCUCUGCUUUGAUGGAACUUCCAGGUCAACAAUUAUUCCUCCAGGAUUGGUAUCAAAUCUUACUCAAUUGAAUUAUUUAAGCAUCAACGUUGACCCUGAAGAUGAGCAAUGGAAUGAGAAUGUUAUUAGUGUUUUGGGGGAAAUUUUUUUUGGAUUAUGGAAUUUGCAGAGGUUGAGUAUAUAUAUCCCAAAGGCUGACCUCUUGGAAUUCAUACCAGCCGAAAAAUCUCUCAAUUUCAGAUUGGUUGUUGGUCAACAUAUGCGACGUUUAAUAUCGCGUGUACCACCUGAACUGGAGACAAAAUUUAAACACUGUGACUAUAGCAUAAAGUUUGUUAAUGGUGUGAAUAUUCCAAAUGGAGUGAAAAUGAAUCUUGGGCGCUUCAAAGCCUUGUACCUAGACCGACAUAUGACCAUCAAGAGUCUCUCUGAUUUUGAUUUGAGGAAUUUAUGGGGGUUGGAAGUAUGCAUAUUGGCAGAGUGUAAUGAAAUGGAAACAAUUGUCAGUGGAAGCAAUUCACCUGAUGGGCCAGCUUCUCUAAUGUUGAAGUUUUUGAGUGUAUUCUAUAUGAAGAAUUUAAGAAGCGUCUGCGAAGGGAGUAGUCCCUUCUUUCUCUUCUUAAAGUCUAUAGCAUUACACACUUGCCCCAUGUUAACUACCAUCUUCACCUUAGAUUCUCUUAAAAAACUUUCCUUUUUGGAGGAGAUUAUUGUUGAAGACUGUCCAAAACUAACCACCCUGAUAAGUCAUGCCACACCAGAACAAAAACCAGUGUUUUUCCUCCCCAAGUUGAGAAUAAUAUCACUUCUCUAUCUUCCUGAAUUGGUCAACAUUUUUAAUGGCAUGCAUGUUGGACCUUUUAUAGAAGAAAUGAUAUUUUAUUAUUGCCCAAGACUCCAAAGUCUUUCCAAAUCUGAGUUGUCAAGCAAAUCUUUGAAGAUCAUCAAAGGUGAAAGCAUCUGGUGGGAAGCAUUGAAAUGGAAUGAAGCAGAGUGGGGAGAUGCUGGUCGACCCAAUUAUUUUGAGCGAAUUUUUUCACCAAUUAAUGAGGAGGCUGACAUGAUGAACCAACUAGCUGCACUUCAAGAGACUCAACUAAAUGAAUAUCACAAUACGACAUAUCAGGGAAUUUCAAGUUCUAAACAGUCGAUAGCAAAAAUAUUAGCCCCAGUUUCAUCUGUGGGUAGGGGUAGUUCAAACAGUGAAGCCCAAAAGCGGAAAGUCGUUGCUGAGCCAAAGAUAUUUCAAGAGGUAACAAAAAAGAAUUCAUUUUCGGGUGCCAUGCCAAAGAGAAAAGGAAGAGGACGGCCAAAAGGGUCACAUGUUCAGAAGGAGGUUAAAGAGAGUGCGGAUGGUGAAUUCGUCAUUCCUCCUAAUAUUCCUUUGAAUGUGUUGAAAUCUGAUCCUGACUUUAUUGAGGAACAGGAGGAAGGUACCAUUAUGCCUAAGAAAAAGGGACAGGGACAACCAAAAGGAUCACAGGCGAAGAAUUGUCAAGAGAGUGCCCAUGGCAACUUGAAUAGUUGCACUAAUCCAUCAAAUAUGGUUGAAGUUGCUCCUGGCUGUGAAGAACCAGAAGAUGAAGUUGUGCCCAACAAAAAUGGGCAAGAACAACCACGAGGGUUGAGGCGGCAGUACUGUGAAGAGAAUGCUGAUUGCGAGAACUUUUACAGUAAUCCAUCAAAUAUGAUGGAAGUCAGUCCUGGAUAUAAGGAGGAGAAGGAGGAUGAUGCAGUUGACGUGCCUAGGAAAGGGGGAUUAUGGCAACCAAGAGAGUCAAUAAAUCAUGAGAACCAUCAACAAAAUGCAGAUGAUAUAACUGUCCAGCCUAAAAGAAAGGGAAGAGGACAGACAAGAGGUUUGACGCUUCAAAGGAAGCGUCGAAAGAGUGCAGAUGGAAAGUUGGAUGUUCUCAUUCAUCCUACAAAGCUGGUAGCAGUAGGUCCAGGACGCAAUGAUUUCAUAACUGAUCUUUCUCUUAUUGUUCGCCAAAAUGCCCGUCUUAAUGUGCUCCAGUGGAAGAAAGUUCCACAAAGUACAAGGGAUACAAUAGUGCAAAAUAUUCUGAACAAUUGGAGACUUCGAGAUACAGAUAUGGUACGGAAGGCUAUUCUGCGUACAGCAGGCCGUUUAUAUCAGAAUUGGCGCUCCAGGCUUCAUGAUUAUUACUUAAAGUUUGAAACAAAGGAGGAAGCCUUGAAGCAUGUCCCUGAUGAUAUUAAUGAUUCUGAUUGGCAAUUCUUGGUUGAUUAUUUUAGCAGCCCUUAUUUUGAGAUAAUGAGCGUACAAAACAAGGCAAAUAAGGCAAAACACCGGAUACAUCAUACUGCAGGCUCAAAAUCCUUUCUAGCAGUCAGCAAUGAUGCACGUGACCCAGUGACCGGAAAGGAGCCUGAUUUGCAGACAUUUUGCCAGUUGACACACAAAAGGGGAAAUGGGGAAUGGAUUGACGAAGCAUCUAAGGAAAUCAAUGACAAAGUUGCUGAACAAACUAAUGAGAAGAGAUGUCAAAUAGAAGAUUCUCCGGAAGUGGUGGAAACAACGGAACAAGAAAACAUUGAUACUGCCUUCAAGACAAUGGUUGGGAAGAAAUCAUUUACGCAAGGUUUUGGAGCAGGACUAAGGUCAUCAUCAUCAAGCUCAAGUACAAUUCAACAGCUGCAGGCUGAACUGGAUGCCCAAAAGAAGGAGACAGAGAAUGCUAGGAAAGAAUGCAAUGAAAUAAGAGCUAGACUUGUUGAGGUUGAGUCCUGUCUAGAGGAGGAGCGGCUGAAACGCAAGGAGAUAGAAGCUCGUCUAUCGGAUCGUCAAAAUGAGAUGCAGGAGAUCAGCAGUCAGGUUCAAACCACCAUCCAGGCUGCAUUGUCUCAGUAUCUUCCUCAAAAAACCGAAGCACAGACCUCAUCAAAAAAUAAAAGAAAGGUCGCAGAGCUUGAAGCACUACUCCAUGAGGCAGAGGAUGUGAUAACAGAUAUUAGAUCAGAAUUAAUUAGACAUCGUAUGGAUUAGGAAAGUGAAGGAUGCAAUUACAACCUUUCUGGUUCAUAUAUUACAAUCUUAGUAGUAAAUUUCUUUUGGAUUAUGUUUAUAUUCGAGUACAUGCUAUUGCUAAUUGGUAAACGGAGUUAUUUA